AUGGUCGGUCAAGCAGGCGCUGCGGCCGAGGGCAAGAGGCACUCGUGCUGGUUACUCGUCCCCGUAGCUGCACUCGCACGUGUCGGGCGUCAAAGAAGGAAAGAAGGCAGGAGGAAUGACUGGCUGGGAACCUGGCCUGUGACUUGGCUGGGCUGUAUGCUGGACGCUGGGAUGCUUGACGUCGGGUGCUGGACAGCCAAGAAAGUGGCAACACCGAGGCCGCUCUUUCCUUCCAGCCCUUUAAGCUCCAGGUUGGCAAUUCGACUUCCCGCCCGCUUGUACAGAAGGGGCGUAGUGAAAUGUAAGGAAGGGAGGGCAACUGCCACUUUGUGCGGCGCCGUGUCCGGGGCUUAUUAA